ACGAAGACGGAAGCCAAUAUAAUCCGCAGUUCAUCCACCUCGCCGCACUCACCCACGGAGAAAGCAAGGACAUGGGGCUAGUUCAGCUAGUGCCAUAUUAAAGUAGCUAGCAGCGCAGUACGUUCGUUUUCCAUUAGUUUGACCGACUAAAAGCCGUUAUCAGAGCCAGGAGCAUGGCGUUAAUCUUGUUGACGAGGUCUCGCACUCCGCUGAUGAAAACAUCUCGCUCGUUAAAGAGCGAUUUCCGCAACGGGAAGCUUCAAGAUGGCUCCUGUUUCAGCUGUACAUCUCUCAGACGCUCCAGUCAAAGUAGACUGGAUGGUGAUAGGCUGGUGGUCCGAGGUGGGAGCUUGGCUCCGCCCUCCUUCCUAGGCCCCUCGCUGCAUACAGCAUCAGACAGCUACAGGGUUCCAGGCCACGCCACAGACCACACCCCUUCUAUGAGGCUGUACUCUGCUGUAGUGGAAGGCUCCUCCACCACCUCCUCUCUGUACCACCUGGGAGGUGGGUACCCACAGUGGACGGCAUCCUGGCGAGUGAGGGGGAACGUGGUCGGGGUACGGUGGAUCCACACCUCCAGAUGUCUCCGUGACGACUCUAAAGUAGAGAAGUCUCUCCGCUCUCUGAAGGAUAAGAACAAGAAGCUAGAGGAGGGUGGGCCGGUGUACAGUCCUACAGUAGACCAUACCAUAGUCAGGAGAACUAUAGGACAACGUGUUCUAGACGAGGUUAAACACUACUACCACGGCUUCCGACUGCUGUGGAUCGACACUACCAUCGCUGGACGCAUGCUGUGGCAGGUCCUCAACGGGCACCCCCUGUCCCGACGGGAGAGGAGACAGUUCCUAAGAACUUGUGCCGAUGUCUUUCGACUCCUUCCCUUCCUGGUGUUCAUCAUUGUGCCAUUCAUGGAGUUCCUGCUUCCUGUGGCACUGAAGCUCUUCCCCAACAUGCUGCCCUCAACCUUUGAGACGCAGUCCAAGAAGGAGGAGAGGCUGAAGACGGAGCUGCGUGUGAAGCUGGAGAUGGCUAAAUUCCUCCAGGACACUGUAGAGGAGAUCGCUCUGAGGAACAAGGUUGCCAAGGGAAACGUCACUGAGGAGUUCUCUACCUUCUUUCAGAAGAUCCGUGACUCAGGGGAGCGUCCCAGUAAUGAGCAGAUCAUCAGGUUCUCUAAGCUGUUUGAGGAUGAGUUGACUCUGGACAACCUGACUCGUCCUCAGCUGGUUGCUCUGUGUCGUCUGUUGGAGCUACAGUCUAUAGGAACCAACAACUUCCUUCGCUUUCAACUCAUCAUGAAGCUACGAGCCAUCCGCGCUGACGACAAGUUGAUAGCUGAAGAGGGGGUGGACACUCUGAGUGUGAAUGAGCUCCAGGCAGCCUGUCGAGUCAGAGGGAUGAGAGCUCUGGGAGUCACAGAGGAGAGGCUGAGAGAACAGCUCCAGCAGUGGUUGGAGCUGCACCUGAACCAGCACAUCCCCACCUCACUCCUCCUCCUCUCCAGAGCCAUGUUCCUCCCGGAUACUCUCUCUCCUGCAGACCAGCUCAAGACCACCCUGCAGAAUCUGCCUGACAUAGUGGCUAAGGAGGCCCAGGUUAAGGUGGCUGAGAUGGAGCUUUCCCAGGUGGACAACAAGACCAAGCUGGAAGCCACGCUGCAGGAGGAGGCAGCGAUACGUCAGGAUAACAAGGACCGAGAGAUGGAGAGGCUGGCGGACGCAGCAGAGAGGACAGAAUACCCCCUCACUAGUGUGGACAUGGCUGUACACUCAGAGACACUACGAGACACAGCGCCUGUCCUAGAGGGCAUCAAGGGAGAGGAGAUCACUAAGGAAGAGAUAGACAUGUUGAGUGAUGCAUGUACCCAGCUGAAGGAACAGAAGAAGUUACUCACUCUGGAAAAGGAGGAGCUAGAGGACCUGAAAGAUGACGUGCAGGAGUACAGCGAGGACUUAAAGGAGAUAAAGAAGGAGUUAUCUAAGACUGGCCAGGAGAAGGCCGUGCAGGAGAGUAAGGCCUCUCAGCGGCUCUCUAAGAGGGUCAACAGGAUGAUCAGUAGGAUAGGCAAGAUCAUCACAGAGCUGGAGCAGGACAAGGUGGUCCUCGACGGACAGAUGGACAGACCAUCCACUCCUCCUAUUGGCCUUCUGUUUACCUUUAGGGAGAACCUGAUCAGUAUCAACGAGCUCAUCACUGUCAUGAGGCAGAUCCAGAACAUUCCAGAGCACAAGCUGCAGAGCAUCGCUGACGCUCUCGAUGACAACAAGGACGGGAAGAUUGACAUUGACGAUGUCAUCAAGUUGGUGGAGUUGAUUGACAAGGAGGACAUUGACAUCAACACCAGCCAGGUAGCAGAAAUCAUGGUGAUGCUGCAGAAGGAGGAGAAGCUGCAAGAGAAGGAGAAGGCCCAGAAGGAGCAGGCUGCUAAGUUAAAUAACUAGCCCACAGAAGAGGCUCUGCUUGGGGGAGGAAACCGCCUCCGAGAUGACGUAACUGGAGCUCAUCUCUGGACCCCAGACCUCCGUAUACCCUGACCAGUCGACCGGCACCAUGAGCUACCACCCACCCACUCUAAACAGUUUCUUCCAAUAGAAUUAGAGGCUGACUUUUUGUUCAGAAAUCUGUUUCAGAAAGGCUUUUGUGCCCUUAUGAACAUUAUUUCAACUUAUCCCAAAGUACCCAAAAAUUAUACUCAAACAACAUGGUCUUAGAAACAAAUGAUGUUUCUGGGACCCAAGCUAUCUAUCUAAUGGUAGUACUGGGACCCAAGCUAUCUAUCUAAUGGUAGUACUUGGUUAGAUAUGCUUUAUCUCAGCCAUGUGUGAAACUCAUUCCAGGGAGGGGCGAGUGUCUGGGUUUCCGCUCCACACUUGUACUAUUUAAUAAGGAACUCACCUCACCUGGGUGUCUAGGUCUUAAUUGAAAGGAAAAACCAAAAACCAAAAACCUGCAGACACUCGACCUUACGUGGAAUGAGUUUGACACCCCUGAUCUAGGCCUUCAACAGGUACGUAAUAAGGCCGAGGCAACAAUGAAUGAUAUAACAGGGUCUCCUAUCUCACAGCUACAGUUUACAAAACAUUAAGGACACCAUCCUGAUAUGGCGUUCCACCCCCUUUAGCUCUCAGAACACCCUCAAUUUGGCACGGCAUGGACUCUACAAGGUGUCCAAAGCUUUCCACAGCGAUGCUGGCUGUUGACUCCAAUGCUUCCCACAAUUGUGUCAAUUCGUCUGCAUGUCCUUUGGGUGGUGGACCAAUCUUGAUACACGUGUGAAACUCAGCAGCGUUGCGGUUCUUGACACAAACCACUGCUUCUGGCACCUACUACCAUACCCCGUUCAACUGGCACCUACUACCAUACCCUGUUCAAAGGCACCUACUACCAUACCCCGUUCAAAGACACCUACUACCAUACCCCGUUCAAAGGCACUUAAAGAUUUUGUCUUGCCCAUUCACCCUCUGAAUGACAUACACAAGGCUUAAAAGUCCUUCUUAAACCUGUCUCCUCCCCUUCAUCUACACUGAUUGAAGUGGAUUUAACAAGUGACAUCAAUAAGGGAUCAUAGCUUUCACCUGGUCAGUCUGUCAUGGAAAGAGUAGGUGUUCCUAAUGUUUUGUACAUUCAGUGUAUAUAGCCAUACUUUACAACCUGUAUAAUGGCUCUGGUUUGAGAUGAACCAGCUUGCCUUCUAUUCAUUCAACCAUCAAAGGAAUGAUUCGUUCUUCAAGAUCACUCCUCGACUUUGCACACUAAAUCUCAUUCAUUUAUUCCACUCAGCCCAAUUUGCUUUUGAUUGAACUUUAUUUAAUUUUUUUAGCUCCUGAUGUUAAUACGUGUUAACUGAGUUGUUGCUAUUUAUUGUGUUGAAUGUAACAUAAAGAUGUAGGUAAUGCAUUCUAGAGGCUUUAGGGUUCGUCACCAAAGGGACCCCAUUACUUAUAGGAUCCAUAGGAGUUUAUGACCUGUCAAAGUUCUACUGUAGACUAUACCUGAUGUUAGGAGAGACAGACCUGCCCGGUCUCUCUAUUUGACCAGAACCUUAUCAUUUUCAAACCCAUUCUAACUGACUAAAGAAGCAAUCAAAUGUAAUGAAAUCAAUAAUCGGUUGUGUUGAGCUGCAUGGAGCACAGGGUGAGUCUGACCAAUCAGCAUCUUGGCCUUGAAUAGAACCAGACAUUACGGAUACUGUCAAAGAUGUAUUGUUGUUUUUGAUGAAUAUAUAAUAUUCUGCCCACUUUGACUUGAGUACUUGACUUUGUCUGUUACUAAAUCCACGGAGGUGUGUAUAGAGUUAGUUUGGUUGAGUUGUAUUGGACAUCAGAAGGUAUGUCUGUCUGAUACAUGUUGAUUUCAGAACCUUCCUUAUUUCUGAGCUCUAGGCAGAGAAGUGUAGGAGCCUGUUGCUGGUUCGGAGGGCUAGGGUGAGAAGUGUAGGAGCCUGUUGCUGGUUCGGAGGGCUAGGGUGAGAAGUGUAGGAGCCUGUUGCUGGUUCGGAGGGCUAGGGUGAGAAGUGUAGGAGCCUGUUGCUGGUUCGGAGGGCUAGGGUGAGAAGGAUAUUGAGAUGUUACCUUUAAUCCAUUCCUGGAACACAUUGGGGUUUGCUGUGACGCUGGAGGGUUGGCUGUCGUAUAUGAUCAGCUCACACUAGGAAUGGGCGAUAUCCAUAUUUUCAUAUCAGACCGUCCUCUUAUCCCGGGAUUUACAGUAUUACCGGUUUAGUACACAAGUGGGCACCCAAAAAAUCGCAUUGGGCGUCUUAUUAGUAGAAUGCUAACAAAAUUAGCACAAGUAAUGGCAUGGAGGCUGCUACCUAAAUAUGCUAACGAGCGCAGACAAAAAUAAGUUAAUUGCAAAGAAAGGCAGUCCAGCGCAUAAAAUUCUACGUAUAUAGGUAGGCACUACCGAAUGUAAUUUUUGGUGAGUUUUUACAUUUACAAAUGCAUGUGAACGAGAGACAUUGUGCAAAUGAACAGUACUGACUCUGGAGCACGAUGUCUACAUGCUGUAUUUGUGUGGAGUCUGGAGUCGCUAGGGCAACGGGCCUGCCUGCUCUGCUUAGAAGGUGGGGGUGGAGCAGACGAGAGGAGAAAAAAUGAAAGGAAAUCAAGAGAGGGCAGUGGCAGCUGUACAGAACUGAUCCAAAGGGCUUUGACAACUUAAUCAUGGCAGAAAGCAAACACAAUAUGAUGCCCCCCUUACCUUAUUCAUUUAGCCACAUAGAUAGCUAGCAAGUUAAUUCAGCAUUUUUCAAUCAGGAAAAAUAGAAAAUGCAUUAGAAAUAUCUUUGUGAGUGUUGUAAACACAUUCCUAAAAUGCUUCUUAUUGUCAUUUCUGCUCGGCAUCAGACUAAUUUUGUGCUUCAGUUGCACUUCUAAACUCAUAAUUCAGGACCAGGCCUUCUGUCGGCAGGCAGCGCUCUGACUGAUACCGUCUAUCGGCAGGCAGCGCUCUGACUGAUACCGUCUAUCGGCAGGCAGCGCUCUGACUGAUACCGUCUAUCGGCAGGCAGCGCUCUGACUGAUACCGUCUAUCGGCAGGCAGCGCUCUGACUGAUACCGUCUAUCGGCAGGCAGCGCUCUGACUGAUACCGUCUAUCGGCAGGCAGCGCUCUGACUGAUACCGUCUAUCGGCAGGCAGCGCUCUGACUGAUACCGUCUAUCGGCAGGCAGCGCUCUGACUGAUACCGUCUAUCGGCAGGCAGCGCUCUGACUGAUACCGUCUAUCGGCAGGCAGCGCUCUGACUGAUACCGUCUAUCGGCAGGCAGCGCUCUGACUGAUACCGUCUAUCGGCAGGCUGCGCUCUGACUGAUACCGUCUAUCGGCAGGCUGCGCUCUACUUUUCUCGGUGUAGCCAGACUAUUUUUCUCCUGUUGAAUGUAAGACAUUAGGAAAUGUAGCUGCCUACAUUCUUCCUAUGGUAGGCCUAAACAUUAGAAAUGUUGGCCAUGCAUCGUUUUCGCAAGAAAUACCUUGCUUUUCAUUGUAGGUUCAUUUACUUUUGUGGCUGUCAGACAUAUCAUUACACUUCUGUUGUCAUCUGAUGAAAAUUAAGCUAUUUUCGGCCUGAUGUGUUGCACAAAUGUAUUUUCUGUGAAGGAAAACUAUAGUUGCACGGUCCUGAUCACUAUAUUGAAGCAAAAAAGACUUUGGAUAUAAAACGUGACCCCUGUCAAUACACAGCUGGACUCACCUGCUCCCACUUUCUCAUGUUGUGCUGUUUACAAACAAACAGGUGACUGGGUCAGCUGUUCUGGGGGACUAUGGUAAGCUUCAUAAUGUAAAAUGUGUGAGUUGAAAUGAAGAAUGCAAUCUGCUUUAUCUCUUAAUGUAUUGCACAAGUUGACUACAGUUAUUUAAUUUAAAACAAUCUACAAAUAUUAAAAUGUAUUGGAAAUACUUCAAAGAAAUAGUUUCAGAUAUGAUAUAUACGGUAUACCGCCAAAGCCUAGUUCAGGAGGAGUCUUCAACCACUAGUGAAGAGGAGUCUUCAACCACUUGAGGACAGAGGAAGGUGUAGAGGAGUCAAUUGCACACAAGGUCCAACCAAAAUUUGACUUGUGCUUUUAACCCAACUCCUCUGGAAGAAACACAUUCUAUAUACAGGUAUUGGAGAGGUGCAGGGGCUACACUGUGCGUCCAGGGAGCUGUUGUUGUGUGGGGUUAAGUGCCUUGCUCAAGGGCACAAUGGCAUGUAGUGGUAGGAUUUGAUACCAGCAACCUUCCAGUUGACUUCCCGACAGAUUCUUCUGGUCGGUCCGUUAUUGAAACUGGCAACCAUCCGGCUGCUGGCUGGCCUCUAACCGCAAGGGGGAAAUUAUUUCAUGGAGUUUGUAAUUGCACUAUAGUCUAUUAGUCUAAUAAUCAAAUCCAUGUUUGUUGUCCAUGUGGACUCAGGGUGUAUCUGACUGUGUACCCUGGUUCUGCGAUACUAGAGAAGACAAUAGUUGAAGCAAUAAGUCAUUCAUAGUUUUUAUUGGAGAAAAGUUAAGUGUACAAUGUGCUUUUUUUGAGAGAGAGAGCGUACAUUGUAAUAGCUAAUUCAUCAUCUGAUGAAAUGCUAUUUUAGUGGAUAGUGUUUCAGAUUGGGAUUAUUUUUAAAAUUGAAGUCAUCUGCACAUCUAGAGGCUGGUGGGCAUCAUGUUAGGGUGAGUAACUAUCCAGCCUGACUGGCAGCAUGUUAGGGUGAGUAACUAUCCAGCCUGACUGGCAGCAUGUUAGGGUGAGUAACUAUCCAGCCUGACUGGCAGCAUGUUAGGGUGAGUAACUAUCCAUCCUGACUGGCAGCAUGUUAGGGUGAGUAACUGUCCAUCCUGACUGGCAGCAAGUUAGGGUGAGUAACUAUCCAUCCUGACUGGCAGCAUGUUAGGGUGAGUAACUAUCCAUCCUGACUGGCAGCAUGUUAGGGUGAGUAACUGUCCAUCCUGACUGGCAGCAGGCUAGCAGUAACCUAUAAGUUGUAUAGCAUCAGAUUGGCAGUAUGAUGGAGGAGGACCGGGACAACAGACAGAACUGACUCCAAUCUAAGUUCUAGAAGAGAAUUCUGUAAUAGUUCUAUUGAAGUCUGUUCUACAAGGCUAGUUACUAGAGCUCAGUUCGUAUCAUAUAUGAUAUUAUGCACUGCUAUUGUUUUAUGUUUUUAAUGACCAUCGCACCAAACUCUGGUUAGAGGAUUCAAUUAGGUUUGAGAGGCAAGACAUUGCAGUAUAAUGACAUUCACUACUUAAAAUGUUAAUGAAAAUAAAUUCAAUGUUCUUAAUAACCUGUGCUUAUAUUGAAGAUAUUGUAUAAUUCUGUUUAUUUAAUCAGACUGAAAAGUUGAAUAACAUUUUGAACAUGAUUCAGAUGACUUGGUAGCAAUAGUUUACUUCAACAUUAGUCCAAAUCUGAGCUUUUUUGUCAUAAAUCAAAUCUUUAUGUAAAUAAUUAACUUUUACAUAAAAUGUGUUUGAAUAAACUUUGGUUGAUCCUGAA